UCUUGGUCAACUAUCCUGCUCGAUUAGUUUCCCCUGCUCUCUAGAUCGUUUAGUACAUCUGCGUCGAUAAUUGUUGACCAACCCCGCAGCAGAGACAGCUUUCUUGUGGUUUCAUUGAUUCUGUCAAAGGGUCAGACUUGUUCCAUGGUCCAGAUGCUGGCUCUGUCCAGAUGUUCAACAGCUUUGAGGUGGACAUGUUGCCCGUGGUGCUCUGCCCUCUCUCUGUGCAGCUCUGCUAUGAACAGCCAGCCCUCCACCACAGCCAGGCCCCAGUUUCUAAGAACCCAGACUGCUCUGUUUCACCAAAGUAAAGCCAAAUCCAGUCCUGACCCAAGCAAGCCUGAUUCAGUGUUGUCCUCCGGGUCCAGACUCGAGGGGGAGCUGCUUGAGAUGGUGGUGUGGUCUCUGGGACUGGGUGCAGUAGGUGCUGCGCUGGCUGGGAUCUUUUUGGCCAACACUAACCUGUGUCUGCCCAAAGUUGCCAAGGCAUCGCUGCAGUACCUCGAAGACGCUGACCUGUGCUCCACUGUAGAUAGUGAUGAUAAGGUCAUCAAAGCAAAGAGCCUGUGGGAGAAGACUGGGGCCGUGGUCAUGGCCGUUCGACGACCUGGAUGAUUUUUGUGCAGAGAGGAGGCCUCUGAGCUGUCCUCUCUAAAGCCCCAGCUGGAAGAGCUCGGGGUCCCUCUGGUUGCUGUGGUGAAGGAGGACGUUGGCGCCGAGAUCAGGGACUUCAGACCGCACUUUGCUGGGGACAUCUAUGUAGACAAAAAGAAACAUUUCUACGGCCCGCUGCAGAGGAGGAUGGGGGCUCUGGGGCUCAUCCGCCUCGGGGUGUGGCAGAACUUCAUACGGGCCUGGAGGUCUGGUUACCAGGGCAACUUGAACGGCGAGGGCUUCAUCCUCGGGGGAGUGUUUGUCAUUGGACCAGGAGACCAGGGGAUUCUCCUGGAACACCGUGAGAAGGAGUUUGGUGAUAAGGUGAACACUGCAGAUGUUUUAGAGGCUGUCAAGAAAAUAUUGCCAGGAAAAUAAGUUCUUUUGGCAUAAGAGCAGGUGUGCACUGUGUUUACUCUGAAAGUAGAAAUAAGAGAUCAUUAACAUUUUUAACUUGGCUGUUGCAAUCAUAGUUUGUCUAUUACUGAAAUACUGAUGCUAUAAUUGUCUAAUAUAACAUAUACUAAUGUCUUUUGCACAUUAAUUUAUUUCUAGUUACAAAAAUCAAUCUGUGAAAUGCAACACAGCCAAUAUUACUGCGUUUGUCAUCAAUUAUUCUUCUUUAUCGCUGCAGGCACUUGGGAGCUAAUCUUUCAUUAUACGGGUAUUGUAAGACUUAAAGACAGGUUGUUGUUUUUUUCAUCAGGUACAUCAAAAAUGUAAGGUCACUGGGAACUUGCCCUUUAGAGAAGCAUGUAAUCCAAUCUAAGUUAUGAUUUAUAAUUCUAUUAUCAUCUGUCAGUGGUACAUCUUUAAUAAUGUUCCUGUGUGUUAAUUAGCUUCUCCUGGUCAGGCGUGUAAACAGGCCUCCAACAUGGCAGACGAGUGUGUGAUAAUGAAAACCUUACUCUAAACUCAGCAUCGAGAUGAGCAGGUUUGAGGCUUAAACACAGAUUCAGUUGCCAUGUGGAGGAGUGUUUAUAGUGCCUGAAGAAGGUGUUGCUUGCAUGUGUGUAUAGUUGAGUGAGAGAGCUUAUGUGUACCUGGGUAUGUGAAUACUAGCUGAUGAAAAUGAUCAAUAAUAAAGAAUUCUUCACCAUCUCUUCAUUGGACAAUGGUGCUUUUC